AUUUUUUCUUCAUAGCACGCGCGUUAUGCCUAGGUUGGUUGGCGUGCAUCCAUGUGGGUUCUGUGUACAUGAAAGUUGUCGCUCAACCGGCUACAUUUUUUUCUGAAGAUUUGUUUGCGUUUUUUUUAAACCAUGUCUUCUUUCUUCAUAAAGACAAAGGAUAAGGGCAAAUUAGCUAAAAGAGGUAAAGAUGCGGCUUUGUCGAAACGGACGCCGCAAACGAAUGUGGAUUCAGGGGGAAAGACCAAACUACGAGCCAAGAAACUCUCCUCUAAAUACAAUGAAGAGAUUUCCAGCGACUCUGAGACAGAAAGCUCUGCAGUGCCAAAGAAACGACAGGCCAAAGAAGAAGAUGUAUAUGAGGAAACUCCUCAGGAGAAGAAGCUCAGAUUAGCUAAACUUUACCUUGAACAAUUAAAAGAAGAAGAGGAAAAGAAAGCUGAAGAAGAUGCUUUUGAGACUGAUCUUGUUGCUGGAAGACUGCAAGAAGAAGUGCUGGAACUGAAAGGGAAACUCCAGAGAUUAAUUGCCAAAGAUCUCAUCACUCCUGAUGCUUCAGAGGUCAGGGUGUUAAGAGGACACAAACUUCCAAUUACAUGUCUGGUCAUCACUCCCAACGACAAGUGCAUCUUUUCUGCUGCUAAGGACUGCUCCAUCAUCAAAUGGGAUGUUGAGAGUGGGAGGAAGUUGCACAAAAUAGCUGGUGGGAGGAAAGGUACAGAGGAUCGCCACAUCGGACACACAGCUCAUAUUUUGUGUAUGGCCAUAUCUUCAGAUGGAAAAUAUUUGGCGACUGGAGACAUGAACAAACUGAUCAUGAUUUGGGAGGCAGAGACGUGCACACACCUCUAUAAAUUCACAGGACAUAAAGGCCCCGUGUCGGGCCUUUCAUUCAGGAAGGGAAGCCAUGACCUGUACAGCGCUUCUCACGAUCGUUCAGUCAAAGUGUGGAAUGUGGCUGAGAAUGCAUAUGUGGAAACUCUCUUUGGGCAUCAGGAUGCCAUCACGGGCCUGGAUUGUCUGAGCCGUGAGCGAUGUGUGACUGCAGGAGGGCGAGAUCGCACGGUGAGAGUGUGGAAGAUCGCAGAGGAGUCUCAGCUGGUGUUUCAUGGACACGAGGGUUCGAUUGACUGUAUUCAGCUCAUUAACGAGGAGCACCUGGUAACGGGAGCCGAUGAUGGCUCGGUGUGUCUUUGGAGUGUCAACAAGAAAAAGCCUCUCACCACCGUGAAGCAGGCUCACGGUUGCCAUGGUGAUGGAGGGCUGGAACAGCCUCAUUGGAUAACAUCGGUUGCAGCGCUUCACAACUCUGAUACUGUAGCUUCAGGUUCCCACAAUUCCCAGGUGCAGCUGUGGAGGUGUGGCCAUAACUACCGGGGGCUGGAGCCACUUUUCAGUUUACCUGUGUCUGGUUUCAUCAACAGCCUAAAGUUUUCAAGCUCUGGACAGUUUUUGGUGGCAGGAGUUGGACAAGAGCACAGGUUGGGCCGAUGGUGGCGACUGAGAGAGGCCAAGAAUGGACUCUACAUUAUUCCUCUUAAAAGGAAGAUUACAAAUCCAGAGGAAAACAAGAUUACAGAGUAGUGGACUUUGUGUGUAUUAAAAAAAUAUAUACA